UGCGUGAGAUUGGGAAGGAUGGAGGAGGCCGGAGCGGCGGCGGCCGUGGCCGCCGGACCUGGGCCCGUGGCCUCUGAGUCGGAACUGAACCUGUCUCGCUUGGGCGUGUCCCCGGAGGCCUUGGCGCUGGAGCUGGAAGUGCGGGCCGAGGAGCGGCGGGGCUCCCGCGAGACGCAGCGGCUGCUGCUGCCGCACAACCGGCUGGUGUCGCUACCGCGGACGCUGGGCGCCAGCUUCCCGCAACUGCAGCUGCUAGAUGUGAGCGGCAACGGGCUAGUGGCGUUGGGUCCCGAGCUGCUGGCCCUGCGCUGCCUGCGCACACUGCUGGCCAAGAACAACCGACUCGGCGGGCCCGGUUCCCUGCCUAAGGGCCUGGCCCAGGCGCCGCUCUGCCGAACCCUGCAGGUGCUCAACCUCAGCGGCAACUGCUUUCAGGAGCUGCCCCCAGCGCUGCUGGAGAUGAGGGCAUUGCAGACACUCAGCCUCGGCGGCAACCAGCUGCACACCAUCCCGCCCGAGAUCGAGAACCUCCGCAGCUUAGAGUUUUUGUACCUCGGAGGGAAUUUCAUCAGAGAGAUCCCACCAGAAUUAGCAAACCUGCCUUCCUUGAAUCAUUUGGUGUUGUGUGACAACAAGAUUCAAAGCGUGCCUCCUCAGCUAGCCCAGUUGAAUUCUCUUCGUUCUCUUAGCCUCCAUAAUAACCUUCUGACAUACCUGCCUCGGGAGAUUCUUAGCCUAGUACAUUUGCAAGAAUUGAGUUUGCGAGGUAAUCCCUUGGUGGUUCGUUUUGUCAGAGAUUUAACCUAUGACCCACCAACUCUCCUGGAAUUAGCUGGUCGGACCAUUAAAACCCGAAAUAUUGCCUAUACUCCUUGUGACCUUCCUGGAAACCUUGUUCGAUACUUGGAUUUAGCCAGCAACUGCCCAAACCCAAAGUGUGGAGGUGUCUACUUUGAUUGUUGCGUUAGACAAAUCAAGUUUGUGGACUUUUGUGGGAAGUACCGGCUUCCGCUGAUGCACUACCUAUGUUCUCCAGAGUGUUCUUCCCCUUGCAGCUCAGCUUCUCACAGCUCCACGUCCCAGAGCGAGUCCGACUCAGAAGAUGAGGCGAGUGUUGCUGCCCACAGGAUGCAGAAAGUUCUUCUUGGAUGAGAAGGGGUAGAGAAGUGUACCUAAAACACUAAGACUGGACAGAAUUGGUUAGAAAAACCAAUAAUAUAACUUGAAGUUGUGAAAAAGCAAUGAGAUCGCUAGGAUUUGAGGUUCACAGCCUCAUCUUCUUCUUGGAUGCUCAUGGCUCAACUGAAGAGGAUCUGGACACACCUUGUGUUGUGCCAAUAUGUUCAACAGGAAUUAAUCCAAUUCCAUAUGUGGUUCUUUUAAUAGAUAUAAUUUGCACAGAACUGACAUUUCAGGUCUUUGAUAAAAGACAUUAGGAUCAAUAGAUUGCUUCUUUUUGUAUGUGAAAUGGCAGGUCACAAAGUGGUUUAUUCUGAGGUGCCACUACUGUGACAUACUAUGAAUGGUAUAAUUUGGGAGAGAUGUUGAGCUGGAAAUAAUAGAAGGAAAAACCCAGUGUUAAAAUGAUCAGUCAUUUUGUUCCUCUCUGCUGUACCACAACCCUAGGAUUAUUCUACCUUCUUAUAAAAUCUACUCAUCUAGAUUAUGAAAUGACUUUAUAGAGCCUAUGACCCCUUGUGUCCUUUGGGACCUUCAAACUAUGAGAGUUUGAAGAGUAUAAUCUUUGUCCAAGUGUUCCUGCUUCUCUUUUAGUUUGCUGCUGUUAUCCUCAUUUCAUUCUACCUCUUUGUCCUGGCUGUGUGCCUUCAGCUUGACAAGGAUAUGGGGCAGCUUAUCCCAGACUUGGUGCUACCACAGCCUGUAGCCUUAUUUAUGUAUACUAUGCAAGGAACUUUACAAUGUGCUUUAACACUGCUAGUAAAGCAAAUAAAUUCCUAAUCAUAAUCUAAGCUCA